AAGUGUGUUUCUCUUGUUACUGGGUGCUCUGUCUCCUGUUGGGAGCCUUCCUGUAAUCCCUGUCUGGGAUUGUUGCUGAGUGUGUUUUAAGAUGGCAACGCUGUGCAGUGUUAGUUUGCAGGGGAUCUCCACUCCAUAUCGCUCCUCAUUCUCCGUGUUCUGCCAGUUUUUUUGUUCCAUUUUGUGUUUGAUCUAGUCCUUUUUCCCUUCAUUUGAUGCUUAGGUUUCCAGGAUUGACGAUUGUGUCUGUUUUACUUAGUUUUUUGGGUCUUUGCUGCAGGCGGAUGGUAUGGUGCAUCUGUCUAGGGCCCAUGUGGCUUCAUGUUCUUAGCUAUAUUUGACAAGAAUGCUAAGGCCAUUCAAUGGAAAAAGAAGAGUCUCUUUAAUAAAUGCUCCUGGGAAAAUUGGAUUUCAACAUGCAGAAAAAUGAAACAGGAUCCAUGCCUCACACCACACACAAAAACAAAUAAAAAAAAAUAAGGACCAAAAUAUUCAAACUAAAACCAUAAAAUGCUUAGAAGAACAAGCAGGGGCAAUGCUGUCAGGCCUAGAUUUCAGCAAUGGACUGUCUGUUAAUGAAAGCAUUAACAGCAAAAGACAAAAUAAAUAAAUGGGACCGUAUAAAAAUUAAAAACUUUUGUUCAUCAAAAGACUUUACCAAAAAAAGUGAGAAGACAAACUACUGACUGGAAGAAUAUCUUCAGAAACCAUAUAUCUAACAAGAAUAUAGUAAACAGUAUAUAUAUGUAAAACUUCAACAACUUAAAAACAAAAAGCCAAAUAACCCAAUCAUAAAUAAGCAACUGACUUGCAUAGACAUUUCACCAAAGAGGACGUUCAGAUAGGCACCAAACACAUGAAAAGAUGCUCAACAUCUUUAGCCAUCAGAGAGAUCCAAAUCAAAACCACAAUGAGAUACUAUUUCAUUCCCACUAGGAUCAAUGGUUAAGAGCUUGUCUACUAACCAAAAGGUCCUCAGUUCAAAUCUACCAGCUGCUCCUUAGAAACCCUAUGGAACAGUUCAACUCUAUCCCAUAGGGUUGCUAUGAGUCAGAAUUGACUCAACAGCAACAGGGUUGAUUUUCGGGUUUUAGGAUGGCUAAGAUUAAAAAAAAAAAAAAAUGCAAAGAUAUGGGGAAAUUGGAACCCUUAUCUUUCGCUGGUGGGAAUGCAAAACGGCAUAGCCGUUGUGGAAAACAGCAUGGUGGUUCCUCAAAAACCAAAAAUAGAACUAUCAUAUGACCCAGCAAUCCCACUACUAGGUAUAUACCCCAAAAACUUGAAAGUAGAGACUCAAAAAGAGACCAGUGUUCACUGCAUCACUAUUCACAAUAGCUAAAAGGUGGAAACAACCUAAGUGCUCAUCAUCAGAUGAAUGGAUAACCAAAAUGUGGUACAUACAUGCAGUGGGAUACUACUUAGCCACUAGGAGAAGUCAUGAUACAUGCUACAGUAUGGAUGGAGCAUGAAGACAUUAUGCUGAGCAAAAUAAGCCAAUCACAAAAGGAUAAAUAUUGUAUGACCUCACUUAUGUAAGGAGCCCUGGAGGUGGAGUGGUUAAGAGCUCAGCUGCUAACCAAGAGGUUAGCAGUUUGAAUCCACCAGCCACUCUUUAGAAGCCCUAUGGGGCAGUUCUACUCUGUCCUAUAGGGUUGCUAUGAGUCAGAAUUGACUCUAUGGUAACGGAUUUUUUUUGGUAACAGAAGUGAAGUGGUAUCGUUUUCGUUUUAAUUUGCAUUUCCCUAGGUUUUUAAUGAUAUUGGGAAACCCUGGUGGCAUAGUGGUUAAGUGCUACGGCUGCUAACCAAAAGGUCGGCAGUUCGAAUCCACCAGGCGCUCCUUGGAAACUCUAUGGGGCAGGUCUACUCUGUCCUCUAGGGUCGCUGUGAGUCGGAAUUGACUCGACAGCAGUGAGUUUGGGUUUGGAAUGAUGUUGAGCAUUUUUUCAUGUGCUUAUUGGCCAUUUGAAUAUCUUCUUUGGAGAAAUGUCUAUUCAAGUCUGUCUUAGUCAUCUAGUGCUGCUGUAACAGAAAUACCACAAGUGGAUGGGUUUAAUAAAGAGAAAUUUAUUUUCUCACAGUCUAGUGGGCUACAAGUCCAAAUUUAGGGCAAGUCUCCAGGGGGAGUCUUUCUUUCUCCGUCUGCUCUGGAGGACGGUCCUUGUCAUCAGUCUUCCCUUGGUCUGGGAGCUUCUCAGCACAUGAACCUCUGGUCCAAAGGGGUGCUCUUCUCCUGGCUGCUUUCUUGGUGAUAUGACAUCCCCCCACUCUCUGCUGUCUUCCCUUUCCUUUUAUCUCUUAUAAGAUAAAAGGUGGUGCAGGCAUCCCAGGGAAACUCCCUUUAUAUUGGAUCAGGGAUGUGACCUUAGUAAGGGUGUUACAAUCCCACAGUAAUCCUCUUUAACAUAAUCUAGUCUUGCCUCAUUAACCGUAGGCAGAGAUUAGGAUUUACAACACAUAGGAAAAUUACAAUCACAAAAUGGAGGACAACCACACAAUGCUGGGAAUCAUGGCCUAACCAAGUUGACAUAUUUUGGGGGGACACAAUUCAAUCUAUGACAAAGUCUUUUGCCCACUUUUUUUUUUUUUUGAAUUGUUUGUAUUUUGGUUGCUGCAUUUUGUUUCACUCUUAACUAUGAAUUUCUGCAUGUGCUUUCACCUUAUAUUCCCUUUCCUGGUGCCAGUUUUCCUGGGUUACUGAGAUCUCCUCUGGGGAGAAGGUUCUGGCUAGAAAGAAAGUGGGUACCACUAUCUCACAAAGGUUCUUGACUUUGUGUUGGGAGCCAGAAAUCUAUCCUGUUAUAAACCUAUCACAUGUUUAUAAAAGGGCUUCCAUUUGUUUAACACUGGCUUUGUUCCUGCAGUUAGAAAAUCUGUAGACCAAGUUCACCCUCUUUAGAAAUGGCAACCCCCCCCUUUAAUCUCCUGGCUUUUCCUUUUAGGCAUGCAGCUUCGGCAACAGGAGAAUGUUUUUGGGUGCUGAGGUUCUAUUUUAGGCCCUCUGCUUUUGCAUACCCAUAUGGAGGGCUAUUUUAAUUCCUUUCAGUCAUGUGGAAAAUAGUGGUUUAUGAGAUGCCCUUUCUAGUCCUUUACCUCUGAGGGGUGACCUCGGUUGGUUACAGUGAAUGUGUUCACACAUUCAUGGCAAACUGUUUGCAUAAAAGCUUGUUCUGGGCAUCCCAGAGCCUAAAGCCUUGAAAACCCUAUGGAGUGUUCUGCUCUGCGUGCAUGGGGUCGCCGUGAGUCAGAAGCGACUCAACUUAACAGCAACAAUAAAGAGCCUUAAGGCUUGGAGAAGCUUGGAGUCAAAGGGUCAGGGUGUGGCUGGAGAGUUUCUGGCACGGGUUUCUGUCUUUUUUAAUCACGCUUUAGGUGAAAGUUUACGGAGCAAAUUCGUUUCUUAUACACAGAUUGUUUUGUGACAUUGGUUGCUAACCCCACAAUGUGUCAACACUGUCCCCUUCUCUGCGCCGGGUUCCCUGUUUCCAUUCGUCCAGUUUUCCUGUCCCUUCCUGCCUUCUCAUCUUUGCUUUUGGCUGGUGUGGCCAUUAGUCUCCCAGGUGUGAACUGAGCUAUGAAGCCUGACCCUCACGUGUGUUAUUGUUGGCCCAAUAGACCUGUCUAAUCUUUGGCUGAAGGGUGAACCUCAGGAGAAGUGACUUCAGUACGGAGUUAAAAGGGUGACCGGGGACCGUGCUCUCGGGGUUGCUCCAGUCUCUGUUAGACCACCAGGUCUGGUCAUUCUGUGUGUGUGCGUGUGUGUGCACGUGAACUUGAAUUUUGUUCUGAAUUUUUCUCCUACUCUGUCUGGGGCCCUGAACCGUGAUCCUUGCUGGGAUCUAGUUCUGGUUCUGGGCUCAGUCUGAUAGAGGUUGUGGUAGUUGUGGUCCAUUAAUCCUUUGGACUCAUAUUUCCCUUGUGUCUUUGGUUUUCUUCAUUCUCCUUUGUUCCGGCUGGGGUAGGACAAGUGGAUGUAUCUUAGGUGGACUGUAAGCUUUUCUUGUUUAAAACAUGAUUUCAAGCAGGAAGUUGUUUUAGACUGUCACCACAGACCACAUUUGACCUAAAAGACUGAUGAUGUUUUGAAGGUGCUGGCCUGGGUCAGGGCAUGUGUGUGAUAUGUCUCAUUGCCUUGAUUUUCAACCAAAGUAAUUUUAGAAAGAUACAUCGCAGCAUCUGCAAGUUCCCUGCCUUCCAGUCGAGCCCCAGAUUGGUCUGUCUGCCAGUCACUUCUCUGGCUGUGUCUCUCCUCUGGAGAAUUGGGUCGCAGGGUUUUUUGGUCUGUGAUUUCCCACCCACGGGACAAGCCUGGUUUGGUCAAGUGUCCUUGCCCACAGCAUUGCCUCAGGAGACAGAAGCCGACCAGGAAGCUGUGGACUGGGCUGGUUCUCCAACAAGAACCCCUGGAGGAACUUGUUGCCAGUGCCUUGGUGCAAGAAUCUCAUUUUCAGCUUCUGCCGGAGCCAGUAGCAGCUAGAAAAGAAGGCUGUGCUCUUUGAACGGCACUGACAAAGAAGAACAUGUAUGAUUGUCCCAGCCUUAAGCCCCUGCAGGCAUCCGCCAGCCUUGAAGAGUAGGAUGGACCUCGACGUGGUUAACAUGUUUAUGAUCGCGGGCGGCACCCUGGCCAUCCCAAUCCUGGCCUUUGUAGCCUCGUUUCUUCUGUGGCCUUCGGCGCUGAUAAAAAUCUAUUAUUGGUACUGGCGUAGGACUUUGGGCAUGCAGGUCCGCUACGUCUACCAUGAAGACUAUCAGUUCUGUUACUCCUUCCGUGGCAGACCAGGGCACAAACCCACCAUCCUCAUGCUCCACGGAUUCUCUGCACACAAGGAUAUGUGGCUUAGCGUGGUCAAGUUCCUUCCCAAGAACCUGCACUUGGUCUGCGUGGACAUGCCAGGACACGAGGGAACCACCCGCUCUUCCAUGGAUGACCUGUCCAUAGAUGGGCAAGUCAAGAGGAUACACCAGUUUGUAGAAUGCCUCAAGCUGAACAAAAAGCCGUUCCAUCUGGUAGGCACCUCCAUGGGCGGCCACGUGGCUGGGGUGUACGCUGCUUAUUACCCAUCGGAUAUCUGCAGCCUGUCCCUUGUGUGCCCUGCUGGUCUGCAGUACUCAACGGAUAACCAGUUUGUACAACGGCUCAAAGAACUGCAGGACUCGGCCUCCGUCAAGAAGAUUCCCUUGAUCCCGUCCACCCCAGAAGAGAUGAGCGAAAUGCUCCAGCUCUGCUCCUAUGUCCGCUUCAAGGUGCCCCAGCAGAUCCUGCAGGGCCUUGUCGACGUCCGCAUCCCUCAUAAUGACUUCUACCGAAAGCUGUUUUUGGAAAUCGUCAGUGAGAGGUCGAGACACUCCCUUCAUCAGAACAUGGACAAGAUCAAGGUGCCGACGCAGAUCAUCUGGGGGAAGCAGGACCAGGUGCUCGAUGUGGCUGGGGCAGGCAUGUUGGCCAAGUCAAUCGCCAACUGCCAGGUAGAACUUCUGGAAAACUGUGGGCACUCAGUGGUGAUGGAGAGACCCCGAAAGACAGCCAAGCUCAUCGUUGACUUUUUAACAUCUGUGCACAACACAGACAACAAGAAGAAGCUAGACUGAGCCCCUGACUGCAGCCUGCAUUCCGCACACACACCCGCUUCCAUCUGCAAAAUCUGAUGUGGCCACCACUUCUCAGGGUUCCUGCCCCAAAUGCAGUCGGAGCACCAGCAUCCCUGAAGAAGCUAGACUCCUCUCCCUGGUCCCUACAGUUCCGCAGAUCUUCAGGGGCCUGAGGAAAUCUCCAAGAUGUUCUUCACAAAUGGAAAAUCAUAUGGAACAAAAAAAGAAAACUUAGCCAUAAAAAUCUACCAAGAAGUCUUCAAGUUCCUGUCAUGGGAAAGCUUACGCAAAGCAGCCACCUUGGGCCACAAUCCCUGAGGAUACUUUCUUUCCAACAUCCUUUACGGACUGAUAACCUGAUGUAUUUGUUGCUUCAGUGCUCCCCUGCCUGUCAGUGACUGUUCUAGAAGCAUUAGUGCGUGUUCAUUGAGCCCCUACUGUUUAUGUCUGAUUUCAGCUUUACACAGAGACUCAUAAUGAACGCAGCCCGUCAGCUGCAGGACCAGGGGGAAAUGGCCAUGCUCAGAGCUGCUGGAGCAGUGGAGACCACAGGUGGUUGAUGUGUUCGACACCCACGCAUCCAGUGUGUCACCAGUGCAGCUGGAGCAGUCACGCAGUAUGAAGCACACUGGAUGGGGGAGUUUCCUGGAAUAAUUUAUCAUUUUUCAAAAUAGGACUAAUAAAGCAAUAAGGUUCUAGACAUCUAUCUAAAAAUCAAAUUGGGGUUCUACACACAAGUAGCUCAUGGGCCUCUUUUCUAUUUUGUUGUGCUACUGAAAGCCCUUGGAUAUAAAAUACUAGCUUGUUAAUGAAUUCUGUGAAUUCUGUGAACAGUAACGUGAUUGAAAAUAAGUCCCAACAGCUGUAGAAGUGACCACAAUGACAUGGAAUAAAUUUGCUCAGUCUAGAUCAGCUACAAGCAGAUGGUUUCUAUAUGGAAGCUCCUCAUUGAGUGCAGCGGUGGCAGAUUUGCUCUUAAUGUUAAAAUGUGUUUUUUAAAGUAAGGCUAGAUCUCCAGGCAGUGGAAGUCUUGGCUUGGAUGAUUUAUGAGUUUCCUUUUAAGAAAUCACAUUUGCAGUUUUUAUUCAGUUGAAAAUGCAUACAAAAGCAAAGGUCAGCCACUCCUCAAGCCCACCUUGCAGCCAAAGAUUAGACAGGUCUCUGAAACAGAGUAACACGUCAGGAACAUGCUCCAGAGAACGAUCAGGUGUACGAGGUCAAAUGGGUAACUCUUGGCCAAAGGCAAAGAUGAGAAAACAGGAAGGGGCAGGAAAAUCAGAAAAACGGAAAUGGGGACUCCAGGGUGGAAAGGGGAAGAGUGCUGACACAUUGUGGGGAUUGCAGCCAAGGUCGAAACAACUUGUGUAUAAAUUACUGAAUGGGAAACUAAUUUGCUCUGUAAACUUUCACCUAAAGCACAAUAAAAUGUUUAAAAAAAAAAAAAAAAAACAAAACAAAGGGCAAGAGUCACCCAACUGUUCCUUAUGACCAUCUUCUGCUGCAUUUAGUUACCGUUUCUGCCCUAACAGCCCCAGGAGCUUAAUUCCUUCAAAUCCUGUUACAGAGAGGCUACAGCCAAGUAGUUCUGGAAACAGAGCGAGAAGAACUUUAUCAUUUAAAAAGGAAUUCUGGGCUUAAUCUGAAUAUUUUAAUUUAUAAGAGUGGAACACAGAUCUUAAAAAACAAAAAGAUGAAAACAUAUCAGAGUUGCAAGAUACAGCUAAAGCAGUGCUCAGAGGGAAAUUUAUAGCCUAAAUACAUAGAUUAGAAAAGAAGAAAGGCUCAAAGUCGAUCUUUUAAGUUUCCAUCUCAAGAAGUAGGAAAUCAAACCUAAAGGAAAUAGAAGGAUAUAAUAUAGGUAAGUGCAGAAAUCAAUGAAAGAGAAAAGAAAGUCAAUACCAGGCUUGUUUCAGCCUUCUAUAUUCACAGGAAGUCUGAGGUGAGUGAGGUUCUGGUAGAGGUGGUCCAUCUUGGUGGGUAUGAGUGGUGAGAGAUGGUCUCCUCAGGACCACUGAAAGAGCUGCAGACUAGUAUAAGUACUGCAAACCAGAAACCCUGCUAUGGGGAAAGUUAUUAUGUUCUGGGUUGGAUAACAGCCAAGGAGCACAUCAGGAGGCCUUCCCUUGCCCCCACAGAGGGACCAUUCAGGCAGGGUGUGUGCUGUCCACCCAGCUGUGGAAGUCAGUGGGCAGAUCUGCAGCAGGAUAUAGCUCCCAUCUCCUCUGCUAUUACCAGAAAACACUGACUGGAGUUAUGAGCAGAGAAUAUGGAAGAGUCAUCUUGGGUAAGCCUUAAAGUGGGUUUUCAAGGUUCUCCCUUGGCUCUGCAGUUCCAGCUCCACUGUGAGAGGAAGACUGGAAAGCAGAAAAGGACAGCUCCCCCUUGCUCCCCAUUUCCUGCCUUUGUGAUUAUGACCAGCUUGCUGGUUACUGCCAGCUAGCUGCCCCCUGCCAACACACACACCCCACUGGGCCCUAUGGUGUGUGCCUUUAAUGAUAGUCUUAGGCUUCAUCCCUCCCUGAAAGACUUCCAGGAGGUUCCCAAAUAACAAUGCAAAGCCCCAGGAAUCACGACUGGGUUCUUGAUCUCACUGCCUGGAGUUGGGCCUCCUAGGAGGGUGGACUCACCUGGACAGGUAUUGAAGAGGCCAAGGGACAAGCAGUGGUUAGAACUCAAUUUGCCAUCAGUCUGGACUUGUUGUCCAAGACAGAGGUGACACCAGGAAUGACAG